CGUGUAAACAGCCAAAUCUGCAAAGCGCAGAAAUACUCUCAAAAGAUCAUUUUAUAAUGGGCAUUGCGAAACAGAUAUUUGAGAAUGACCAAGUGAGGCUUCUAAAGAAUAUCGGCAGUUUUGCUGAAGUGCUUUCAUCCCUGAGCUCUGUCCCAAGCAUUAAAAAAUUUACCUUCUCCAAAUAUGGCACGAACUACAACAGGGUGAAGCAGAAUUGCCUUAGCAGAAGCGUUUUGAUCUUUCAGGCCAAUGAAUACUUAAGAAGGUUAAUAGAGUCAAUAUCGGUUGUGUUUUGGAAGGGCCGCAAAUGGAAAGGCACGUACUGGCCAAGCAAAUGGAAGUGGUACCACCGACACGGCUACUGGGCUACUCGAAAGAAGCUCCUCAGCUUCGACAAGUACAGGCCCUACAGGUAUCACGAAGUUAAGGGGCACGGAAAACCGAAGCUUCAAUUCUGGCAGGACCACUCCUAUUACAGGCCCCUCAAGCAGACAACGAAGUUUUGGUGACCGGGCAGGCGACUGGAGGAGCGGCUACAAAGCGGCCACAAAACGGCCACAACGCUGCAAUGUGAACUCCCUGGUUGAGGAGAAAACCGAAGCAAUUUGACGUUCGUCAUGUCCGAGUGCAUCACUUUAUGAACGUGUGCGUGUGACAUAUGCCCAGUUUUGGAAGGGCCCCCUCCAGUUUCUACCCCUCGAAAGGAGGAAAAGCAAAGCGGCUUCUGUACCCACGAAGGGGAAACAGAAUGGUGGCCGCCUUACUAAAGAA